CUUGACAAUAUAAUUGACGGGAGAUGAUCAUAUGCACUGGAGACGCGGCCGCAAAGGCUGCUGGAAAGAUAUUGAGAUGUAUAAUUGGCCUUAUGACCUAUGAAGAUCGACAGGGCCGGGACAACAUAGAAAUCACCUUGAUCAUCAACGUUGACGGAGACACCCUCUGUGCCGGAUCAGAGUCUCUUUUGGGACCACGGAAACAUACGGUUCCAACGUGAAUAAGAAGGGCAGCCGAGCAGCAAAUAAAUUAGCGGCUGUGAUAGGACGGCAGCUACUGAUUCUUGCUUCUCGGACGAAUGAAGGAACGAAGAAGAUGUCGAACUAAUGACGACGAUGUUGAUUCUGCUCGAGACGAGGAUAAUGGCCGGGAAGUUGACUGGCUGGCGACGACGGUGACCUGGAAAGGGCGGCGUUGGCGGGAGCUCAGAUCCGAGCAACCUCUACUGACGACUGCGACGAUGAUGAUUCAACGACGACGGGACGCGAACGACGAUGAUGAUAAGAGGAACGGCGGUGCGUUGAGGCCACUGACGACGGCCUUUACUCAGCAUCCGACGACUGGUUUUGACGACGGCCAGCGCUGACAAGGAUGAUGAUUGCGCCGCUAAUUCUGGUGGCGCAGACGAAACCGACGCUGGGAGGCCAGAUCGCGUACUGGAGGACGGUGAAGAAGAGAUAGAUGGUCAAACGGCCUCGGGAUACAUACGAAUUU